AUGCAAAAUAUACGCGGUCGAGCUCGGAUGUUGGGACGACGCCAUGCUCGGGUGCAUUUCAAUUUGGGUAACAGGCUUAGGUCAUCAUCCGCACUACAUGAAACUUUCCCGGAAGAUGCAACACGUGACUCUAUGUUAAAGCAGAUUUUAGUUACUCCACACGAUUUAUUAGCAAGUGAAGAUCCAGAAUUCCUCAUUGCAGCUCGUAUCAAAAAGUCGGAAAGAGAGUUAACCACUUGUAGAAGUCGAACAAAUGAACUAUUAAAUAUCCAAGAGGAUUCAUUGACGACCGCUCGAAUUAAUCAUGAGCGAUAUCUGCUCGAUGAUCUAAUUGAUUAUGUUGAAUCUUUGAUUGGCGAUAAAAUGAACUUACAGACUGUGGAUAAAGUACUGCUUGUUGAUAAUCAACGAUGGUAUGCAAAACGGCUUAAGCGUGGUUUAUUAAAUUGGAUUGCACGCAAUGAAACAGAGCUUAAAGAGAUCGAUGCAUUGGAAAAUCGAGUUAUGAAGCGUUAUUUGCAAAUAAGCCAUGAAAAUAAAUACCUGCAACGCAUAUUCCGAGAUAUGAAAUACUUCACAAAUGCGACCAGUGAUAGUUUCAAAACUAUGGAGAUAUCAUCCGAGCCAACAUUUACUAACACAAGCAAAACACAAAGCUCUCUUACAAAUGACGGAAAUGAAGAAAAAGGAUUUUAA